AUGGCUCGUGUAGGUUCAAAACUGUUGGUCUCUGUAGACUUAAACAAGAAACCAUGGGAGCAGGAGCUACCUCUUCACAACCGGUGGCAUCCGGAGAUACCGCCGGUUGCAGAGGCGACAACCGGCGAACUUUUCAGAGUUGAGAUGAUAGAUUUCAGUGGUGGUGCUAUCACUAAAAAUCCCACUGCUGAUGAUGCCAAACAUGUUGAUCUCUCUCAAGUGCAUUACCUUAGUGGGCCUAUUAGAGUUGUGGACAAUGAUGGCCUCCCAGCCAUGCCUGGAGAUUUGCUUGCUGUUGAAAUAUGCAACUUAGGUCCUCUCCCUGGUGAUGAAUGGGGCUUUACAGCAACAUUUGACAGAGAAAACGGAGGCGGUUUCUUGACAGAUCAUUUUCCUCAUGCCACAAAAGCUAUCUGGUACUUUGAAGGGAUAUAUGCUUAUUCGCCUCAGAUACCAGGAGUGAGGUUUCCGGGGAUAACACAUCCUGGUAUAAUUGGGACUGCACCAUCAAUGGAACUUCUAAACAUAUGGAAUGAAAGGGAAAGAGAUGUUGCAGAAAAUGGUCUUCAGUCUCUGAAACUAUGCGAGGUUUUGCAUUCCAGACCUUUGGCAAACUUACCAACACCAAUAAAUUGUCACCUCGGAAAGAUUGAAAAAGGUUCCGAUGAAUGGGAGAAGAUUGCGAGGGAAGCAGCAAGAACAAUACCUGGAAGAGAAAAUGGUGGAAAUUGUGACAUAAAAAAUCUAAGCAGAGGUUCAAAGGUAUACCUUCCUGUUUUUGUAGAAGGAGCAAAUCUCAGCACUGGUGACAUGCACUUUUCACAGGGUGAUGGUGAGGUCUCACUAUGUGGUGCAAUUGAAAUGAGUGGUUUCUUAGAACUCAAGUGUGAUAUUAUAAGGGGUGGAAUGAAAGAGUACCUUACACCAAUGGGCCCCACUCCCCUUCAUGUGAACCCAAUAUUUGAGAUAGGCCCUGUUGAACCAAGAUUCUCAGAGUGGUUAGUGUUUGAAGGCAUUAGUGUGGAUGAAUAUGGGAAGCAACACUACCUAGAUGCAACUGUUGCAUACAAAAGAGCAGUACUCAAUGCUAUUGACUACAUAUCCAAGUUUGGUUACUCCAAAGAACAGGUGUACCUUCUGCUAUCUUGUUGUCCUUGUGAAGGAAGAAUAUCUGGAAUUGUUGAUGCUCCAAAUGCUUGUGCAACAUUGGCCAUCCCAACAGCUAUAUUUGAUCAAGAUAUUCGUCCGAAAAAUAACAAGGUACCAGUUGGACCUCGGCUUGUGAGGAAACCAGAUGUCUUCAAAUGCACUUAUGAUGGGAACUUGCCCAUCACAAAGAAUGACAGUGCUUCAUCAUGA